AAUAUGAUUGAAUCCGAAGACGCUCAAUUUAAUGGAUCUAGUAGUUGGAAAAAACUCAAAAAACGUCCCCGUCAAUUUCAAGAAAAAUGGAAUACUCUUGCUAUUUUUAAAGAUGACAAAAUACUUUUAAUGAAGUUUGAUAAUCCGGCUUUCAAUCAAUCUGAAACCGAUAUUGCCGAUAAAAAUCAAAAUUACAACAUUAAAAAGGAAAUUGAAGAUAUUAAUUCUAAUAUUCAAACAAAUGGUGUAUGUGGACCUUAUAAACAUUUUGUGGAUUCAAGUAAUAUUGACUUCUCUUCGGACAUCCUUGAUACUUUCAGAAAAUCAUACAAAAUUAAAUAUGUGUUUAGAAAUGAAUAUUGGGAAUUAGCUGCUCAAGGAGAACGAGAGACGCCAUUGCAAAAAUAUUAUAGAUUGAAGUUUGAAACCGAGGACUUGUUGAUACAAGAAUCCAUUUUUCAAGUAGUGGAUGAAAAUGAUCAUAAUGAAAAGCUAUGGGCUAGUAUUAGAUUUCAGAUACAAAAACUAUUAAACAAAUUGUCUAGUGUUGAUGGACAUUUUAAACUUUUAGAAAGUUAUAAAACCACUAUAACAUUUAAUUUACAGAACUUCAUUAUUACUAAAUUUUUAGAAAAUCGUCUAAGUGGUAUUGAUAAAGAACAGCCCAUUUUUAUUAAUAAUAUGUCCAAACUUUUGAAUAUUAAAGUAACAUUAAAAGAUUUAAAACCUAGCACAUUAAAAACUGUACAAUUACUUCAAAUAUCUCGAUUAGAAGAACGUUUACAAAAACUAGAAGAAAUUAUUGGAUCUGAAAAAUCAAUUUUGAUGCGCUUAGCUGGUAUAAAUAACAAUGUGGGAUUGGUUGAAGCAGUUAGCGUGUUGAAGGGAUUGUCCAAACUAAUUUUACCUCAAAUUAAUCUAAUUGAAUCCAGAGCUAUUUACUUGCUACCAAAGAUACAAGAAAUUACUUCAAAACAAGUUGAUCAAAGGUUAGAAGUAGAUAAGAAAACAAAUAAACUCUAUGAAACUAUUGUAAGAGCAAGAGAAGAAUCAAAUUUGUUACCCUAUGUUAUACAAAGAAUGAACAUUUUAGAUAUUUUUCGUCAUAAAGUUAAGACAUUUUCCGUAACAAUGAACAAUCUUAAUAUUGAAUACUCAGAAACUUCUAAAAUUCUCAAGAAAAAUGAACUAUUACUUAAUAAUAUUGAAACACAUAUACCUAAACAUUUAACAAGUGUAGUUUCCAAUUUGCAAUCUUUAAAUGCUCAAAUAAAAGUGUUUGCUAAUCGAUUGAAAAAUAUUGAAGUGUAGUAAA